AUGCCCUCCAAAGCCAAAAAUGUGGGCAUCAAGGCCAUGGAAAUUUACUUUCCCAGUCGCUACGUUCCACAAACCGAACUUGAGACCUAUCUAGGAGUCAACACUGGAAAAUUUACCAUUGGACUAGGUCAGCAGAAAAUGAGCUUCUGUGAUGACCGCGAAGAUAUCUACUCCAUGGCACUCACAGCAGUCUCCUCCUUGCUAGAAAAAUAUCACAUUGAUCCAAACACCAUCGGCCGCCUAGAAGUGGGAACCGAAACCCUCCUCGACAAGUCAAAGUCAUGCAAGUCAGUGAUCAUGCAAUUGUUUGGUGACAACACAGACAUUGAGGGUGUUGACACCUACAACGCUUGCUACGGUGGAACAAAUGCCCUAUUGAACGCAGUCAAUUGGGUCGAAUCAUCUGCUUGGGACGGUCGUGAUGCUAUCGUCGUAGCGGGCGACAUCGCUUUAUACGAUCAGCCUGCCGCCCGCCCGACUGGCGGCGCUGGGUGUGUAGCCAUGCUGAUUAGUGCCGAUGCACCUCUGGUACUGGAACCCUUCCGCGGAACGUACAUGAAACACGUUUACGACUUUUACAAGGGAGAUUUCGGAUCCGAGUACCCCAUUGUGGAUGGACCAUUCUCCAACGCGUGCUAUCUUGAGGCAUUGGAUAAAUGCUACGAAGGAUAUCGGACCAAGUCCAUGGCAAAGAGUGGCGAGCUUAUGAAUAGAACUGCAACUCACAAAGGGUUAUUUUUGGAUGCCUUUGACUAUUUCGCCUUCCACGCGCCUUAUUGCAAACUCGUCUCCAAGGCCUACGGUCGUUUGCUGUUCAAUGAUCUCCGGUCGGACCCUGACCACUUUGAUGAGAUUCCCGAAGCGGUUCGUGAUGUUGAGUACACCGCGUCCUUGAUGGAUAAAGGGAUCGAAAAGAUAUGUAUCGGGUUGACCAAAGAAAGAUUCUCCGAGCGUGUCCAGCCAUCCCUAACGGCACCCACUAAUUGCGGGAACAUGUACACUGCUAGUGUCUACUCUGGACUGCUGAGCUUGUUGAGCAAUGUUCCCAGUGAGGAAUUGCAGAAUAAGCGCAUUGGCGUUUUCAGCUAUGGAGGUGGCUUGGCUAGCACUUUGUUUAGCUUACGGGUUCAGGGAGAUACUUCCGGAAUCGCGGAGCGGAUUCGACUAAUUGAGCGUUUGGAGGCUCGUACUGCGGUCUCACCGGAGUUCUAUGAUGAGAUGUGCAAAAUUCGGGAGAAAACCUACCAACAGAAGAGCUAUAGCCCUGUUGGAAGUGUUGAUAGUCUGAUUCCUGGUACUUACUACCUUGUGCAUGUGGACGAGAUGUUCCGGCGGAGCUAUGAGAAGAAGAGCAUUUAA